UAAAUACAUGCUUUUGUUUUUAAACGUUUGUAUUUUUUAUCUACCAAGAAAAAUUGCGAUUCAUUUCUUAAAUAUGACCAUACACGGUGAUUACAAAGGAUAUUACAUUUUUAUUUCAAUUUGAAACAACCCAGAGCAUAUUCUGUCGAAGAAAAUCUUCUUUUCAGUUCAGACAUUCAAAUCGAAAAUUUAGCUCAGAGAUUUUAUUAAGACGUUACCUUUCUCGUCACGACAAAAUAUUACGUAAAUUACGUUGACCGGCGUUACGUCGUAGCGGUUGAUUGGGACGACGACGUCAUUAAACCAAACCGAGAAAUACAAUGGCUAACAAGGGAAAUCUUCCAGAUAUGAUAAAGCAAAUAUCCAAGAAAAGAAAGCACGUAUCUACUUGUGAAACAGACAGCCUUCCAGCUACUAAGCGUCCACGGAUGAUGACCCGGGUAUCAAAGAGAUUCGAGCAAAAAUGUUGGGAAUGGCGCGAAAGGAGAAGGAAGAUUGCUUUAGGUAUAGUCCUCUACUGGGAGGCUCAGAUGCGAAAUGCCCACAGAAUGGCACGUAAGAGAGCAAUCAGUGAGAGGUAUGUCGACUAUGUAGGCAUGGUGAAAUCUAAAUACAUAAAGUUGUUUCAAGACACAUUUCUACCAUCAAUACCUCCAUUAUCGCUGUCGCCAUUAAUACUAGCAACCAAUGGAGGAGCAGAAGAAACAGCAAAAAUAAAAGAAGCUGCUAUGAACGGAGUUCCAGCUCCUGCUCAGAAACGGAGAUUGAUUAGAAGGUUGUCAGGCGAUGUUGAUGCAAAGGAGGCUCCCGAGGUCAAGGUCAACCCUGCUCCACGCAGACUUGGAUGGCGUAGAAAAGGGGAGAAGAGAACCUGAACUGAUUUUACUAACCGUGUUUAUAAUUUCUUUUGAGCAUGCCAAAUAAUGACAAUCUUUUAUUGCAUA